AUGACUGAGCAAGUAUACACCGUGGCAUCUGACAGUGAAACCACUGGGGAAGAGAAGUCACAACUGUCAUUUCCUGAUGUUGCUAUUGGAAUUGACAUUGGGACCUCAAAUUGUAGUGUUGCCGUUUGGACUGGCCAUCAGGUUGAGCUCCUCAAAAACACUCGCAACCAGAAAGGGAUGAGGUCAUAUGUGAUGUUCAAAGAUGACACCCUUUCAGCAGGAGUUACUGGAGGAGCAACCAGGGAACAUGGACAUGAGGAAAGAGAUAUAUUGUCAGGAAGUGCGAUAUUUAACAUGAAACGUUUGAUUGGGAGGAUGGACACAGAUGAAGUGGUUCAAGCUAGCAAGAACCUUCCUUUUCUUGUGCAGACAUUGGGUAUCGGGGUGAGACCAUUCAUUGCAGCACUGGUGAACAAUAUGUGGCGGUCUACCACUCCUGAAGAAGUCCUUGCCAUCUUUCUCCUUGAAUUGAAGGCCUUGGUGGAGAUGCAUCUCAAACAUCCGGUAAGGAAUGCUGUUCUUACCAUUCCAGUUGCAUUCAGUCGGUUUCAACAGACCCGGAUUGAGAGAGCAUGUGCAAUGGCUGGGUUGAAUGUGUUACGACUCAUGCCAGAGCCGACUGCUAUUGCACUUUUGUAUGCCCAGCAACAGCAGCAACUUCUGCAUGACAAUAUGGGAAGUGGCAUUGAGAAAAUUGCUCUGAUAUUUAACAUGGGUGCUGGUUAUUGUGAUGCUGCUGUGACUGCCACUGCUGGAGGCGUUUCUCAGAUAAGAGCACUUUCAGGUAGCACAAUUGGUGGAGAGGACAUCCUUCAGAAUGUUAUGCACUACCUCCUACCUGAUUUUGAUAGUCGAUACGCUGGUCAAACAAUGGACAGAAUCAAGUCAAUUGGUUUACUUCGGAUGGCAACGCAGGAUGCAAUUCACAAACUGGCUACGCAUGAUCAUGCGGAGAUCAGUGUAGAUUUGAGGGGUGACUACAAAGUGUCAAAGAUCUUGGGCCGUGGAGAAUUUGAAAAGGUGAAUCAGUCUAUUUUUGAGAAAUGUGAGGGGAUCAUCAAGCAAUGCCUGGCUGAUGCAAAGUUAGCACCAGAGGACAUCAAUGAUGUGAUACUGGUUGGAGGGUGUUCUAGAAUUCCUAAAAUCAGAAGCGUUGUCCUUGGCUUAUGCAAGAAGGACGACUCGUACGGUGGUGUAGACCCACUUGAAGCUGCAGUUUCAGGGGCUGCUUUGGAAGGAGCCAUUGCUUCAGGAGUAACAGACCCUUCAGGGAGCUUGGAUCUGCUGACAAUUCAGGCAACGCCAAUGAACCUUGGAAUUCGAGCUGAUGGCGGUAACUUCGCUACAAUCAUUCCAACGAACACUGCAGUUCCGGCGAGAAGGGACAUGCUGUUUACAACAACCCGCGACAAUCAGACUGAAGCUCUCAUUGCUGUCUAUGAAGGCCAAGGGAAGCAGGCUGAAGACAAUCAUCUGCUGGGUUACUUCAAGAUCACCGGUAUUCCUGCAGCAGCGAAGGGCACUGUUGAAAUCAAUGUCUGCAUGGACAUCGACGCUGCCAAUGUCCUCAGGGUGUUCGCCGGCGUCGUCAAGCCUCAAGGCCAGGCCGUUCCGCCGUUCAUUGAGGUGAGGAUGCCAACGCUUGACGAUGGCCAUGGCUGGUGCGGACAGGCUCUCGCCAAGAUGUAUGGUAGUACGCUUGACCUGGCUUCUCUCCCAAAGAAGCUGCAUCCGUGAGAAUUUGCUUAUCGUCGCCUGUACGUUGUGUGAUCCAGUGAAGUAGCUUGUGCACCUGUGUUCGACGUGCCAUGAUGGUUUACUGGUUACUGAUCUCUUUUCCAGGACCUUUUACAUGUAAACAUAAGAGUGCCAAUGUCAUCUCUGUACAAUUAACCGCAUGUUCGGAUUUGGAACACUGAAAAGAGUAAACAAACUAGCAAGGUAGUCUGUCGCUCUCGUGCGCGUCCCGCCACAUCAACGCUCCCGACCAAACGUGCCGGGUAGCAAGCCACUUCUUAUGCUUGCUUCUAGCUUAGGAUUGCUUAAUCUGGAUUAGAAAAAUAAUCUAAAACAUUUCAAUU